AUGAGGAAACGAACACAUGAGGAGAACGAAGAUGAUGUAUUGACUGAACGUGAGGCAAAGCGCCUACGAGCAAGUAAACCGGACCGACUCUCAAGCUUGAGCGACGAGCUUCUGCUCCGUACACUCUCGUACCUAUCAAGGUCAGACAUCGUAGUAUGCGAAAGGCUGUCGCGACGCCUCAAACGACUUGCAGCUGAUGGUCAGGUUUGGCGAACACUCUAUUAUGAUCGAUUCGUGCGGCUUGCUACAAACUCAGUCGCCACACCAAAGCGACGACUGGAAAAUGAUGUCGCCCGCUUCCGAAAGCUCUACCAAAAUUGGGGUCAUAGAGAAACGAUACGGUGGUUUGAAGAAGUGAAAAAUAUCAUCUCGAGUGGGAAAAGCACUUGGAAAAAGCAGUAUAGGAUACGGCAUAAUUGGUCAAGAGGGCAAGCCCGUGUCAAAGAGACGGAGGUUGCGGAGCAAUCAUCUACACCUCCCUUACUCGUACGCCUGUACGGUGAUCUUGUCUUCAUUGCAGAUGAAAAGCUCAGGCUUCGAGUCUGGUCACUCAGGGACCAGGAAGGAUUGGUUGCCGCCCAAGACUUGCGAGAAUAUGCUUCUGGAGAGCUAGCAGCUCCGACCUCUUUGGCGGUGGAUGUCAACGCUGCAAGGCAGGAAGAUCUUUUGAUCAUCAUUGGCUACGCUGAUGGAAAGUUCUCAUGUUACAAGAUGAAUAAGGAGACGCGAGCAUUGCUUCAUUGGUACACCUACACACCUGAGUCUGCCCACGGAAAAAGCGCAAUUUCAGCUCUCGCCUACUCCUCACCCUACCUCCUGAUGACGGCUUCUGACUCCAGAAUGAUGUUGUUCGCUCUCCCACAGACCUUGAACGAUCAAGACUCUCCUACAUUGCUCUCAUCUCUGAGAUCGUAUACUGCGUAUCCACCCUCUUCCCUUGCUUUGAAGACAACAGGUUCGUGUGUCACUGCUUCAAUAGCUUUCGCAUUACCUGGAUACCUGAAUGGCUGGACUAUGGCAAUUCAGGAGGUACGACUGAGCUCAAGUGGCAGCAUUUUAGAUUCACGCAUUGCGUCGGGACCCAGAUCACGAAGUGACGGUACCACCUCGCAGGGUUUGACGAGCCUUUCUGGCGAUCAGGUCCACGUCCACCCUCUGAGUAGCCAACCAUCAUCGAUAUCGUACAACCAUCCAUACCUAUUGACCGCAAACCUGGACAACACAAUGACGCUAUACCUUGUAUCAUCCACGGCCACCAAAUUAUCAAUCAGCUCAGGUAUGACCUUGUGGGGGCACACAUCGUCCAUCUCAAGCGCCCACGUGGGCGCUCGGGGCAAAGCUGUUUCGGUCAGCACGAGAGGCAACGACCUCAGAGUAUGGGAGCUUGAAGGCCGAGGUAGUUGCAACAUGAGGACAAGAUUGCCUGAUACGAAAGGUGGAAUACGGGUCCAGUCUGAAGUGAAUGAUUCACUUCAACCGGAGCCAGCAGACUCGAGAUAUGAAACAUCCAAGGGUUGGAUUGCCUUCGACGACGAAAAGGUUGUCCUCUUACGAGAGAAAUCCCAUGGAGCACAAGCUGUGGUCACGUACGAUUUCAGAUAG